AUGAAAUCAGAAGAACACGGAGAGAUUAGUGACUCCACUGAAUUGGGAGAAGUGCUUACGGAAGAAGUCUCACUGGUAGCUCAGAUAAAAGUUUCUAAUCAGAAGCUGCUACUAUCGAAGGAAGUGAUAGUCGAAGGAAUCGACAUGGAGCGAGAAAGGUCAGCAAGUUUGCAACGCGAAUUACAAGAAGCUAUGGAACAAUACACGAAUGAUAAACAAUUUAAAGGAAAAGAAGAAGCAACCGUAGAAUUACAAGCUAUUACUUCUGAUGGGCAGUCGCAAACUGAUGAUUUACAAGAAUAUAUACGAAGUCUGGAAAUGGAAUGUGAAAGAUUGCGUGAGAUCGAGAAAGUCAUUUCUGAAAAGGAUGUGUUACUGAAAGAAAGGCAAGAAUUGCAGAACAUUCUUGAAAUGGAGUUGCAGACUACAAAAGCUGAGGCUUUAGCUGAAAAAGAGAAAAAGAUAGCGGAAGAAGCGGCUUGGAAAGAAAUGAAGCAAGGAUUUUGCACUGAAAUUGAAGCAUUAAAGAUACGCGUACUCGAGUUGCAGUGCGCCAAAGAAGAAGAACAAACUUCAGUAGCUCAAAAUUUGGAAGUGGUUAAAAAAAUACUGAGAGAAGAUGUGAAUGGAUAUGAAGUCGGGAUGAGAUUUAGUAAAGAAAUGGAGCUAUUACGUAUGUAUUCAAUAAUGGAAGAAUUAACAUAUCAAGUGCGGUCGGAGCAAAAACGCGCUGAAGAAGCCGAAAAACGCUUGGACGAUAUCCUUAGCAUGGGUAAUGCUAAUGUCUGUACCCACGAUAACGCUCAGGUGCAAGUAGCUGGAUUACCAUCUACUCCUCUGAAUUGUUUUAAAGUGAAAGAUGAUGAAGAAUCCAGCCUUUGCUCUUGGCCAUCUCUGCCAGAAUUCAAAAGAUCCUUCAAUCACGAUUCUGACGAAGAAAGUUCAUCACCAGUUUCAGAUGCCUUUAAUGCAAGAUUAAUUAAUCGUUUUAGUGUCUUGCGAAUGAAACUUGCCAAGACCACUGAUCUUUUAAAUAAAUACGAAGAAGAGAAUAGCUUAUUGCGAAAAGAAGUAAUUGAAAAAAGUGAAGAGAUUGCGCAUUUGAUGCAUACUUUAUGCGAUACUAAUCAUAGUCCACAAGUGUCAAAUUCAUCAGCUGAGCAUUCAGACGUUACGGGAGAAAAAUGGCAAUUGAUCUGA